AUGCACAAAGAAUGCGCCAUUCAACAUUGCCGUGGCGCAGCGAUGGAGGGAAAAUUUGUUCCUCAGCUGAGAGGCGGGGUUUGGCGGGCGAGAGGAGGCGAUAGAGAAGGAAAGAAUCAGCUGGUCGCAGUCGCCCUGCAAGCGCACACACAUACACGUACAUUGGUUCCAGUAACCCCUAACCUUCAAUUUCAACGAGUCAGAAGCUUAAAAACAUGCCGUUCAUGGGAAGAGACUGGCGUGCCCCUGGCGAAACCUGGAUCAGAACUCCUCACACCAACGGCUGGGAAAGAACCAAACUCCGACCAAUCCAGGUAUAUUUAAAUGGUUUUUUCCUUUCCUCUAUUGUUUCUCUCAAUUAAUUUUCUGCAAAUUUAUUCUAUUUUUCUUGUUGAAAAAAAAAAUCUAUAUCUUUAAUCCGCGGUUAUAUAGAACAUCUCUUUUCAGUAAGGGUUGAAUGUCGAGAACAUUCAGCAUCAAAUUAAAGUUCAACCAAGGUUAACCUACAUAGUUUUCCACUGCAUGUUGUUUUUUGACGUUUAAAAAAACUUGGUAUAGCGUCAAGCAGAUCGAUUCACUCUUUUCUUUUCAAGGCGCGCUGUUUUUUUUUUGUCGAUGCGAGUCGGCGGCGGCGUCAAUUCCCACAACAACAAACAAGAAAAAAAUGAGGCCUGAUAGCUAGCAAAAGCCUUUUCUAAACUAUUUUAGGCCUUAUUAUCACUGCAAUCGAUGGAAACGAUAACAAAAAACAUGAAAAUCGAAGUUUUUAAAGUAUUUCGGUUAGCGUACCCCGAAAGAAUUCUUUUCUAGAAUAUGGCGAAAUCGAUUCAAACAUACGUUUUCAAAAUGAGACUCUGUUCUCUCAUUUUGAACCAUUUUCAAAACUGUAUCUUUGAUUCUUUGUAUUAUUUAUUUGAAAACCCUCUUAGAGUUUUUUGUCAAACUUGAUGAAUAAUUUUAUAUUUAUUUCUUUAGCGGUCAGAAACUCUCCUCCCCAGAGAAAUGCAUUCUAGCAAAACUCGAGUCACAAUGGUAACCAACAGGUUCAGAGAGAAAGAGAGUUGUGCGGUAAAAUGGAGGCUGAACAGACAAACCCCAGGCCUCGGUCCAAGGCUGUCUCUCUUUAUUAGGCAUUACACGGGCAUCCGUUUUCAAGCAAAUGAGGUGCGAAACGUCAUGGCAACCUGCCACGCUUUUCCGCCUCUAAACCUGCUUUGAUGGCAAUCACACGCCUCGCUCUCCUUUUCCUUUUAAGGAGAACAAAAGUCGACCUUGUGCACUUGUGAUAUGCGAGUGGUUGAAAAAACGACAUUUUUGAUGAAGAAAUGGAGAAAAUGGAUGAAAAAAAUAAAAUUGUUUACACCCAAUGUGCAAAAGUCCACGCGCAGGAUCGUAAUAAUCAAAUUAUAUAUUCGGAAAACUUUUUCAAAAAGCACAAAAAGCUGCUCGUAUGUUCAAAUUAUCAUAAAAAAAGGCUUCGAAGCGAUCCGAUCAGUAAUAAAAAAACUAAUAUAGCUGGAAUUCAAAAAGUUUGCGCUUAGAGACUUCAUUUAAAAAUUUUUGUUUUUUUAAAAAAAGAAAAAUCGUUAAGGAUGUACACAUAUGGUCGCGGAAAAUGGUUAAUUAAAUAAUUAAUGAUAAUCUCGUAUUAAAAUAAUAAAUUGAACAUGAACUUUGAUAAAAUAUUGUUUCUUGUCCAGUUUUUCAUGGCGUUUUUCUUGCUAAUGAGAGUCUAAAAAAAGAGAAAGUGAAGCUUUUUUGCACUAUGUGUGCUUUGUGGACGGAACUUGGACUCUUUUUUCUUAACGCGGAACUUCUUAAAACAGCUGUCGUAAGCACUUUUUGUUCCCAAAUGGUUCCGUGCUCUCCCGAAAGCCUUUAUUAUCACAGCUUGACAAAGGUGUACACUUCAAUAUUAUGAGGGAUUGCAGAUCAGUUCGGACCCGAUCCCGAUUCCUGGAGCAGUGGAGUGCGACUUCUCGCUUUCCCACACCGUUUCGUCGACCUCUUUGCAGUCGCUCGAGUCCUCCCGCAGCAGCUUCUCCGACGACUCUGGUAUUUACUUGUUGAGAUUUCUCGCCAAAACAUCACGCUUAUGAUGAUGUGAUUGGGCUCGCAAAUGAAAAAACCCCGUGACUAUUGUUUGGAGAUCUAUUUGAUUUGUUUUCUUUUUGUACUUGUGAGAUUUAGCUGUUUUUGAAAAAACAGAGAAAAGCGCCGAGCAAAGUGCGAAAUUGAGGGAACACGAAACCAAACCACGAGGGUCUCAGGACCAGCGAAGGGUCACGAUGCGAAGCUGUUGUCUGUUGGUGACAACCGGCCAGCUGUAUUUACUUUCCGAUGUUUACGAGUCCUUAUCAACUGACCGGCCAUCUAGUAAUCUCAAUCAUUUGAUAAAAUACGUUAUUCUAGUGGAAGAAAUUGUACACAUGCCGUGUUCAAAGUGAAUCCGAGAAAUUUAAAAUAGCCGUCAGAGAGUGAAAAAUAUAAUUAGUUUUUAAAGAGUCAGACACAAUUUUGUGUUUCGCGGAAAUUAUUUUGAACAAGCGACAGGCCUAUUUAGACUGAAUCACAGUCAAAUUUGAAAAGUUUAACUAUCCGAGAAAAAAACUCUGAAAAACAAAAUUAUAUUAGAAAUGUAAUUAAAGUGGGACUACGGAAAUAAAAAAACUUCGACGGAUUUCCGAAAAAAAUUAGUUAUACCACGUCAAAAAAAUAUUUUUUUGAAAUGAUAUUUUUUUAAUUUUUUUGUAUAGUCGAUGUGCCACAAGUUGAAAUUUCAUGGAACGACACUCCGCUGUUUCGAUUUUGUGCGGUAGCGCGCAUCUUGCGAAUUCGCCACCUUCGGCCACGCUAACUUUUUUUUGGUUUUCAUUCUAAUUUCGAUCGUUUUUUUAUUGUUUUUAUUUCAUUAAAAUGUAAUAUUAUCUUUGAAAAGGAUUGCGUUGUAAAAAUGUAAAAAGAAAGAACACAGUAAAUUUCACGAUGUUUCUCGAAAAAAGCGAUUAAAAAAAAGUUUGAAAAACUUCAUGUAUUCGUCAAUCGCUUUAAUAUUGUUUUUCUCGUUUCUCAAAAAAGGUUUCAAAGGUUUACCAAAAAGAUUUGCGGGUGAAACAGGCCGUAAACGCCACAAUAUUCUACAAUAGUUUCUGUGUUUUUUUUAAAGCCAUGUUUUAAUGUUUUCAUCGUUUUUUUUUCUGUUUGCAGUCGUUAAUUGUUUUUUUCAGAAAGUGAGCGCCUUAUAAAAUGAAGACGUGUACUUCCAUGAGCACAUGCACCAUAGUUUGAAGAAAGGUUUUCGUUCUUUUUUUUUAAAUGGAGCUUUAGAUAAAUCGUAUUGCUGAACUAUGCGUCAGAAAUGGGGCGUGAACAGUGAGCACAUGGAACAGUGGAAACGAUGUGCUGAACGAAAUGUCCAGAAAAACUAAUAAUUUUUUUGAACUUAUGUAUCUGUUUUUUUAAAUAAAAUUCGUCGAUGUAGAAACAUUCAAUUUUUUUAAAAUCAUUCACUGUGUAUUUUAUUUCUGAUUGGGAUAUUUUUUUACAUUAUUUGAAAUGAAAAAAAGAAAUGUCGAAAAAGGCUCAAUGAAGGUAAAAUAACGGAAAAUAUUGAACAAAACCAAAGACCAUCUCAUGAAAAAAAACUUUCAAAUAUUAUAAACGCAUUUUUCGCUUAAAAAUUCGAAAAAUUACUCUACUUUAUUUUUUUAUCAAUGAAAACAGUCUAUCCACUAGAAAAAGAUAAUUAUGAGUUUGGCACGAAGAAAACUAUUAAAAACAUAAUUAAAAUAAUGAACAUUUCGAAUAAAACAAAAAAAUGGAAAGCGCGACCGAAAUUCGCAAAGGCAAGGCGCUUUCACGGCCACGGCCACCCAACGGAGUGUCGUUCCAUGAAAUUUCAAGUCGUGGCACAUCGACUAUAACGUUGCGAAGUUAUUCGCAAGAUCAAACUUUGAGGAAUCGUUUUUUUCUAAAACUAGAAGUUUUCGCAGGUAAAAACUGUACGGAACCUUUGCCUUAACCUUCACAGAGAUGCGUAGGGGCAAAAUUUCCCGAAUUAUUUCAAACGAAAAUGAAAUGAACCACUUCAGCUUUUUUUUUGUGAAACUGCCUGAUUUUUUGGAAAACUGUCUAAAGGAUAAUUAUUUGCAGUGUCAGAUGCGGACGAGACAUGGGUGCCGCACUGUUUCGUCAAGAGCAACUCUAAAGAGGUUGGUUUGGGUCGAAGUCGAAGUGACGUCGAACGAAGGGUCACUCUGAGACAGCUGACUGGCUCAGCUGACAGCCCUAUGAGCUACAGAGUGCGGUCACAAGUUCAUGAAAUUUUUCCGAUGAGAAUCGCCAAGCAGCUGAUACGAAGCCUAUUAUUAUUUGGUUCGGAAAAACGAUAGAAGUGAAAAAGCCUCCUUUUUUUGAUUGAUUUUUUUAUAGCUGAAAUAUUUUUUUACUCUGAAAAAAAUCUAUAAUAAUUUUUUUGUCAAGAAUCAUGUGAUCCUGUAGAUUAUAGGCCGCGUUUUUUUCUAUGGAGAAUAUAUUAUCUGAAAACUUCAAGAUAAGACUGAGAAUGAAGAUUACAAAUGGAAAAAUUGCACUGUGCUUUGUCAAAAGAUUUUCCGUAAACAGGAGUUUUAGAAAGGUCCCUAUAGGGUUUAGGGGAAAAAACAGCCUCUAGAAUGACCGCAAAGUGGUCCCUAUAGGGAUAAAAUCAAGGUGGCCCCUCUAGGAGUUUAGGGUUUGAUCACUUAGCCCCUAAAGCUUAAGUGAUUCCUAUAGCCCUAUAGGCUAUAGGGGUCGUUCAAUUUUAUUCAAAAAUGUUUUUUUUUAGUUUUCCGCAUGAAAAUGUUUCUUCGCAUAAAGUUCAUAAAAAGUAUCGAUUGUCAUGUCCCCUACAGGGACCACUUUGGCCAGCUUCAGUGGCCCCUAGAGGGGACCCUCCAAGGGCCCCUAAGGUCGCGUCUAUAGGGACCACUCUGGAGUUCCUAAGUAAGGAAAAAAAUAUCCUCAUUUCAAUUUAUUAUAAUGGGUUGUAGUUAAACAAGAGUUAGAAAAUGAAAAGAAAAAAGAUAGUUUCCAUUUUUCAUUAAUUAUUACAGUUUGUCGGCUGCACAAGCAUGAGCGAGGCCUUCCAUCGACUCGACUUGGCUCGUGCCGUUUCCGACGUCCGUCGGUUCAACUUCGUUUGCAAGGUUCGUCACAGUUUCCCAGUUUUUUGGGGCAAAAACUGUUGAGUGGCUUCUUUUGGGAUUGUUGAAUUCCAAUCGGAAGUGGAUGAAUUGAACUAUGUUUUUUUUUUUGGAAUUGAACCUAGAUAACCAGAGUUUAGCCCUUCCUAUAAACAAAACAAGUUUGUCAUUAUUUCAAGAGAUGUAGAAUCAAGUACGGCUACAGUACGUGAGAAUCAGCAUUUUAUUUCCCAAAUAUAUUGAUUGGAUACGGUUCAAAACGAUUUCGAAUUCAGAACGUAGAACCGCCGGCUUCUUCAUUGUGACUCUGAGGUCUUUUAAUAACAAAGAGCUUCAAAAAAAGAAAAGUUAUUUUGAAUCUCGCAAAAAUAAAAACUACGCUCUUGACUCUGCAAAAAAAAACCGUGCAUGUCAUUGUUUUGCGUGGCUGUUGAAGAUAGUCCACAAAAUUAGAGACCCAGAGUCGCGAUUCGAGAGCCGCGAGUCCUAUGUUUUUCUCAUCAGGUUCUCCCCAUAUGUUUUGGUUGUUUUUUGGCGAGACUUUUUUUUUGGCUAGCGGAAAAUUUUGCUAGGCGAAAAACAACACUUAUAAAACAAACUCGAGAAAGAAAAAUACUUGUUGCAGGUCGUGCAGAUUCUUGUCGAAGAGAAGCUACCGAACCUUUCGGCGACCGCGCGCAAGUCUCUUCUGGGUAUUCUGACGGCGAUAGUGCUGCGCGCCUCGAUCGAAGAUGUGCACUUGUCAACGGCACGAGAACUUGUCCAGCAGGUCUGCCGAGCCAAACGGCCUUAAAAAUAAGAGUCUUAAGCACCUUUUUGAGUUCCUUGAAAAGUGUCAAAAAAAAAUCAGAAUUUCCUUUUUCCGUCUUCUUUUUUUGUCUUUCUUAAAAGUUAAAAGGUCCCUUUCAGAAAAAGCUCAAAAAAGGCCUUUUUUCAAAAGUUCUUUUCGAGACCUUUUGGACUUUCCCUUGCACCUCCUCGGAGAUCUUACAUAACCUAGAAGCUUCUUCGAUUCUGACAUGUGAUAUCAUGGUUUUACAAUCAAAGUCACGUUAAAAAUGGAGUUCUUUGCGUAGAAAAUGAGUUCAGAAAAUGUCAUCAGAACCUGUCUCGAACUAUCAAGUUUUCCAAUUUAGUUCGGUUCUGCACUGGAGGGACACGUCUGCGGCUCUCCCCAGCUCGUUUCCAGACAUCAACACGUGGCCGGAGGCUUGCUCGACGUCAUUUCCGAACACCAGCCUCGUACCGCAGCCGACGCCGACGAGAACAGCACCACUUUCUUCGAUUUGCCUCGCGAGGUCAGAUCACGAGCUGCACCGAUGCGAAUUGGCUUUUUUCAGGUAGUUGCAAUGAUACUGCGACGUCUGCCCGACCAUAAGUCGCUUCUGGAGACGGCUCUCGCUCACGAAGCUCUCCAAGCGCUGAUCGACAACGAAGGGCGGAUCUGGGAGUCGAUGUGCACUUUCCACUUCCAGCCCUACCAGAUACAGCAGCGAAAGACCGGCGAAAAGCCUUGGCGCCAGGUUUUCUUCGAGCUGAAAAAGUACCACGGCGUUCGAGAAGUAAGCAGAAGAGCUCAAAGAGCCAAAAAAGAUUCAUUUUCAGGUCUAUGCCGACCUGAUCCACAUCUGCUGCCACUGCAAGGCGCUCUUUUGGAAGAGCCUGGGUCAUCCUUGUGUCCGCGCUGACACGGCUCCCUCGGUCCGCGUCACACCCAGACAGUUUGUCGACAUGCUCAUCUACCUCUAG